GGCGGUGGGGACCGCGGGGGAAGCCGCUCCCAGCGGGGCGGGGCGGCAAUGGCGGCGGAGGGCAGUGCGUUUGGGCCAGGGUUUGACUGCUGAUGUAGGCAUUAAAAGUAGUCACUACCCUUUGAACAGCCGGGGCCGUCCGGUAAUGCUUGUUUCCGGGGGAAGUUGCCCCGCGCCUGGUUUUCCCGCAGAGCAGUUACAGGAAUGUGCUUGAAGUGAUUAUUGCCACCAUGUUCUCACAGCACUCGCAGGAUCUGUUAAAGGUUGCAAAUCUUCAUCUCCGGAGUCUGAAUUUAAAUCUACAUUUACAAAACCACAGAAGAGCUUUCAGCAAGUCACUGCCUGCAUGUCGAAGGAAAGUAGUGGUUACAGGUAUUGGCUUAGUGUCCCCUCUUGGUGUGGGGACUCAGUUUGUGUGGAAGCACCUUCUUGAAGGAGGCAGUGGGAUUACAUCACUAGAUGGGGAAGAAUAUGCAGGCAUCCCAUGUAGAGUGGCUGCUUGUGUGCCAAGGGGAAAAAAGGAGGGUCAGUUCAGUGAAGAAAGCUUUGUGUCAAAGUCAGAGAUCAAAUCCAUGAGUUCUGCCACUGUGAUGGCCAUCGGUGCAGCAGAACUAGCAAUGAAGGACUCCGGCUGGUCUCCCCAGUCUGAACAGGAUCGCUUAAGUGCCGGUGUGGCAAUUGGGAUGGGAAUGGUUCCACUGGAAGAAAUUUCUGACACAGCUGCCUUAUUUAAAACAAAGGGUUACAAUAAGGUCAGCCCGUUUUUUGUGCCAAAGAUUUUAGUUAAUAUGGCAGCAGGCCAUAUCAGCAUUAAGUACCAACUGAAAGGGCCAAAUCACGCUGUGUCAACCGCUUGUACCACAGGCGCACAUGCAGUUGGAGACUCCUUUAGGUUUAUUGCUGCUGGUGAUGCUGAUGUCAUGUUGGCUGGAGGGACUGAGGCUUGCAUUAGUCCUUUGUCUUUGGCUGGAUUCGCAAGAGCUCGGGCCCUCAGCACGAGUUUUAACUCGAGCCCUAAAACGGCCUGUCGACCGUUUGAUUCGAAGAGAGAAGGGUUUGUAAUGGGAGAGGGUGCUGCUGUGCUGGUCUUGGAAGAGUAUGGACACGCCGUACAAAGAGGUGCUAGGAUCUAUGCCGAAGUUUUAGGUUAUGGACUGUCUGGUGAUGCUUGCCACAUAACAGCACCUAAUCCAGAGGGAGAUGGUGCGUUCAGGUGUAUGUCUGCAGCAAUAAAAGAUUCUGGGAUCAAACCUGAAGAUGUAACAUAUGUCAAUGCACAUGCAACUUCUACACCUCUAGGAGAUGCUGCUGAGAAUCAAGCAAUCAAGAGACUUUUUAAAGAUCACUCACGUAAUAUUGCGGUUUCCUCAACAAAAGGAGCAACGGGACAUCUCUUGGGGGCUGCAGGAGCUAUUGAAGCAGCUUUUACUGCACUGUCCUGUUACCAUGGAAUUUUGCCACCUACUCUAAACUUACAGAAAACAGAGGCAGAGUUUGAUCUCAAUUACGUUCCAUUAACUGCUCAGGAGUGGAAAACUGAAAAACGGCGUAUAGCACUCACAAAUUCGUUUGGUUUUGGUGGUACUAAUGCAACUUUGUGCUUUGCAAGUGUUUAACUUAUGCUGAGAAUGUUGAGCAAAAAUGGCACCAGUGAUGAUUUUCUGUACUUCUACCCUUGGUGUGUACUGUAAUCUUUUCUCAUCUUUGAGAGUUGCUCAUUUGAUGCAUAAGAACUUUAUUCACUCUAAAAUUUACAUCAGUAAUUCUUUUAGAAAGAGGGAACUUCUUUUACUCAUUUUAAUAAAAAUAAAUAAAAGAUC